AUGAGGAAAUAUAAGAGCACCAUCUCCAACAGUGAUCUGAAAUCUGAUGGAUCUCCUGCUGUCUACCAGCUGAGAGCUAAGAAAGAGAAAUCAGGAACUCUGACAAAAGUAACUGUUGGAAAACAAAAUCUAUACAAGACAAACAGAACCAUCUUACUUGUUGGUGAAACAGGAGCAGGGAAAUCUACUUUGAUCAACGCUCUAUUAAACUACAGCAUGGGAGUGAGGUGGGAGGAUAGAGUCUGGUUUCAGAUCGUACAGGAGGAGAAAAGUCAGACAUCAGAUGUGAUCAUGUACGAGAUCUUUGCUUUUGAAGAUGAAACUCUGCCCUACUCUCUGACCAUCAUCGAUACUCCUGGAUAUGGAGACACCAGAGGGACUGAACAUGAUGACAUCAUCAGUCACAGAUUAUUGGACUUGUUUGGAUCAGAUAAUGAAGUCCAUGAAGUUCAUGCAGUGGGACUUGUUAUGAAGGCAAGUGUGAAUCAACUGAGUGAUGGACUAACAUAUUUGUUUCAUUCAAUGACGUCUCUGUUUGGAAAAGAUGUGGAGAAAAACAUUGUAGCUCUGAUCACACACUCAGAUGGAAGAAAACCUAAAAAUGCUCUUCAAGCACUUGAAGCUGCAAACAUUAAAUAUGCCAAAAAUAAGAAUAAUCAGUCUGUUCACUUCCUGUUUAAUAACUGCCAGCUUGAAGAAGAGAAAGAAAAAUACCUGAAAAAAAAUUAUGAAACCUCAGAGGAAGAAAUGAGAGAGUUCACAGCCUUCCUGAAAGAAACUACACCUCUGAAGCCAGCAUCUGAACUGUUAAAGGAACGUGUCAGACUGACAGCCUGUGUCCAAAACCUGCAAGAAAGAAUCAGAUUCACUGAAGUAAAACAAAGAGAGAUGAAACAGACUGUGGAAGCUCUGGAGAAACACGACAACAUGCAGAAUGAAGAGGUCACUCCAUUUGUUGCUGAAGUUUUUAAACAUAGAGAAUCUAUCAGAGAAGAGACGUGUGGGCCGGGUUUUAAAGCAGCUGUCAUCUGUACAGCCUGUGAGGAGAACUGUCACUAUCCUGGAUGCACGGUGCCCUUAAAUCACUGUGAGGUCUUUCAAGAUGGUCUCUGCACGUCAUGCACCAAAAAGUGCCCUGCAUCAGUGCAUUUGAAGGAAAAGGGGAGAUAUGUGACCAGAAUAAGGAAAGGUCAAAAGAACGAACCACAAACAAAAGAGAAGGAUGUUUGUUUACUUGGAAAGGAAAUGAACCGACUGACAGCAGAGAAUUCACAGUUCCUGGAUGAGUCCUACCGACAUGUUGUCAGACUGGAGCAGAUCGCUCUGAAAACUAAUUCAGCAUCCACUAUUGUCCACUUGGACUUCCUGAUUGAGAAGAUGAAGGAGAAAGGAGACGCAGAGAAGGUCCAGAAACUGGAGGAGAUGAAAAAGAGAGUGGACAAAGGAACCAAAGCAGCAAAGCGUAUCAGUUUGAUCUCCUCACCACAUGAAGACAUCAUCUCAAACAGUUUUCUCAUCAGGUCAGGGCCUCCAGCGGUCUACCAGCUGAGACCAAAGAAACAGACGUUUGGAACACUGACAAGAAUGACUGUUGGAGAAAAAAAUAAAUACAAGACAAACAGAACCAUCUUGCUUGUGGGUGAAACAGGAGCAGGGAAAUCUACUCUGAUCAAUGCUCUGCUCAACUACAGCAUGGGAGUGAAUUGGGAGGAUGAUGUCUGGUUUACAAUUGUAGAUGAGGAGGAGAACGAGAAUGUUUAUUUGCAAAGUCAGACAUCAGAUGUGAUUGUGUACGAGAUCUUUGGUUUUGAAGAUAAAACUCUGCCCUACUCUCUGACCAUCAUCGAUACUCCUGGAUAUGGAGACACCAGAGGGAUUGAACUUGAUGAAACCAUCAGUCACAGAUUAUUGGACUUGUUUGGAUCAGAUAAUGGAGUCCAUGAAAUUAGUGCAGUGGGUCUGGUGCUAAAGGCGAGUGAUAAUCGACUGGGUGACCGACUGAUGUACAUCUUUGAUUCAGUGACGUCUCUGUUUGGAAAAAACUUGCAGAAUAACAUUGUAGCUCUGAUCACACACUCAGAUGGAAGAACACCUAAAAAUGCCCUUCAAGCUCUUGAAGCUGCAAACAUUAAAUAUGCCAAAAAUAAGAAUAAUCAGCCUGUUCACUUCCUGUUUGAUAACCAACAGCAUAAAGACAGAAUAGAGAAAAACACAAUUUCAAAAGGUUUAUGGGAACUUACACAGACAAACAUGAAUCAUUUGACAGACUUCUUAGGAAAAACUAAUUCCCAAACACUGACGACAACAGUUGAAGUGUUAAAUGAAAGAAUCAGACUGAGAGCCUGCAUCCAAAACCUUCAAGACAGAAUCAACCAAGGAGAACAGAAAAGUGAAAAAGCUCUAAAGAUCCAACAAACUAUAAAGGAACACGAAGAAGAGAUGAAGAAGAAUGAAAAGUUCACUGUAGAAGUUGAUGAAGUCUACAAAGAGAAAGAACCCAUUGAAGGUGGGAUGAGGUUGUUGGUUUUUUAUAGAGCAGCUGUCUGCUGUACAGUCUGUGAGGAGAACUGUCACUAUCCUGGAUGCACCAUGGCCUGGUAUCCUUCACACUGUCAGGUCAUGAAAGGAGGCCACUGCACUGUUUGUACCAACAAGUGUCUUGCAUCAAAUCAUGUGAAAGUAAAGUGGACAUAUGUGUCCAAGACAAGGAGAGUAAUGAACACCAAUGAAGAAAUGAAACAGAAAUAUGAAAAAAAUGUGUCAGAAUGUGAUGAGAAGAAGUCAAGCCUGUUGGACAAUCUUGAAAAGGAAAUGAACCGACUGACAGCAGAGAAGUCGCAGUGGCUGGAUGAGUCCUACCAACAUGUUGUCAGACUGGAGGAAAUCGCUCUGAAAGCUGAUUCAGCAUCUGCAAUUGUCCACUUGGACUUCCUGAUUGAGGAGAUGAAGGAGAAAGGAGACACAGGGAAGGUCCAGAAACUGGAGGAGAUGAGAAGCAGAGUGAAAACUGGAAUCAAAGCAGAAUUGCAAAAUGUGUGGGAUAAAGUCACAGCACUUUGGAAAAGAAAUUAA